AUGAAUAAGUUCUCCAGUGGCAAUUUCUGAGAUUUUGGUGCACCCAUCACCCAAGCAGUGUACACUGUACCCAAUGUGUAGUCUUGUAUCUCUUAUCCCUGUCCUAUCCUUCCCUCCAAGUUCCCAAAGUCCAUUUUAUCAUUCUUACACCUUUGCAUCCUCAUAGCUUAGCUCCUACUUAUAAGUGAGAAUGUACAAUGUUUGGUUUUCCAUUCCUUAGUUACUUCAGUUAGAAUAAUGGUCUCCAGUUCCAUCCAAGUUGCUACUAAUGCCAUUAUUUCAUUCCUUUUUAUGGCUGAAUGUUAUUCCAUUAUAUAUAUGUGUCUAUAUACACAUAUAUACCACAAUUUCUCUAUCCACUCAUCGAUUGAUGGGCAUUUGGGCUGGUUCCAUAGUUUUGCAACUGCAAAUUGUGCUGCUAUAAACAUGUGUGUACAAGUAUCUUUUUUGUAUAAUGACUUCUCUUCCUCUGGGUAGAUACCCAGUAGUGGGACUGCUGGAUCAAAUGGUAGAUCCACUUUUAGUUCUUUAAGGAAUCUCCACACUGUUUUCCAUAGUGAUUUUACUAGUUUACAUUCCCACCAGCAGCGUAAAAGUGUUCUCUUUUCACCACAUCCACACCAACAUCUAAUUUUUUUUUAUUUUUUGAUUAUGGCCAGUUUUGCUGGAGUAAGGUGGUAUUACAUUGUGGUUUUGAUUUGCAUUUCCCUUAUAAUUAGUGAUAUCUAGCCUUUUUUCAUAUGUUUGUUCACUAUUUUUAUAUCUUCUUUUGAGAAUUGUCUAUUCAUGUCCUUAGCCCAUUUGUUGAUGGGAUUGCUUGUUUUUUUCUUGCUGGCUUGUUUGAGUUCCUUGUAGAUUCUGAAUAUUAGUCCUUUGUUGGAUAUAUAGAUUGCAAAGAUUUUUCCCGCUCUGUGGGCUGUUUACUCUGCUGAUUAUUUCUUUUGCUGUGUAGAAGCUUUUUAGUUUAAUCAAGCAUUGUUUGGACAAAUUGUUACAAAUCAUUCCUGCAGGACUCCAUUCAGCCUAGAUAACCAUACCUUUGGCCCAGUUCUCACAGAAUUUCUACAGAAACCCUACCUCCUCAAAGUAAUAAAAAGUUUAUUAUUUUGCUGCUGGGAAAUAUCUGCUGGGAAGAUGAACACGCUUUCCCAGCAGAGUAAUAAAAAAUUACAAUCUGACUAAUAUCAAAGAAAAUAAAAAUAACAAUUGGGCUAAUUAUAAUGAUUACCUACAUAGCUUUCUCCAUUAACUAACUCACAACAGCUCUGUUAAGUAGGCAGGACAAAUAUUACCACCCCCGGUUCACAGCUGGAAUAAUAGUACUUGCAUAAUAAUAAUUCUUGAGGGAUUCUUAAAUGCUGGCACUGUGUUAAUUUCUUUAUAUUCAUCGAAUAUCCCCAAUAACCCUACAGGUAGAUACUAUUAUUUUCCCCAUUUUCAGGCCAGGUAAUUAAUGAAGCUUAAAAAUGUAAGUACCCUGCCCCCAGGAGUGCAUAAUUAUUAAGUAGCAGAACCAAUGCUUAUAUUUAAAUCAGAAACACUCAGAAGUAGCAUGAGAAUUCAGUAAAAACGAAACACACCCUCAUGCAAUCCGUAUUAUGUGGCCACGUGCCUACCAGGGUCAGCUGGAUGGUACUUGUCUGCUAGAAGUGAGUCGAGGCAGAAGAAUCAACACAGGAGCUGGAAGGGCCUCUGGAAAUCAGCUGGGGACUAGAGACAGGUGUGCAGCCCUCGGUUUACAGAGGCUGUGAGACCAAGAGAGUUCCGAGACCUCCAGAAAAACAUCUCCCUGCUAAAAGGCUUUCCCAAUCUUUAGAAAUCUAUUCAUUUCCCCCACUUUCCAUCCUCUUUCUCUUGCUAUCUCUUUAUCGCUCCUCCUGCCUUCUUCCUUUCUUUCCUUCAGUAAACGUUUUUUGAAACGAUGAUGAGCAAAAAAGGCCUGAUCCAGUCUAUGGCGCGUUUCGGUGGGAAGAUGAACACGCCUUCCCAGCAGAGUAAAACGUGAUUACACCAAGGACCGGUACCCUCUCCCUUCCCUCGGCCAGGUCCACGUCCCCAGGCGUCGGAGAAGGGGUUGGACCGCGCAGCGGGGCGUCAGAGUUGCCAGGCGCCCGGGGCAAAUACUGGCAGCGGUGGUUGUGCGGUGUCCUAGCGACGGGGCGGCAGCAGGGCACACACACCGCCCAAGCCCGGACGGUGGCCGCGAAGCUAGGGCCACCAUGGCGGACCGCAGGCGGCGGCUCCGGCUGGGGCCGUUGGCCCCGGUGCGCGAGGGCGUGAACUGCAGGUCCAGAUGUUUCACAAAGCACAAGAACGGGCUGAAGUUCCCCACCUCUCUGCACAGCCGGCAGUUGGUAUUUCCAAGAAAGGGGCUGGACGACUUCAGGAAGGGCUGCCCGCCUUGCACUGGUCUGGUGACUCAGGUCCCUGUGGAGAGCUUUCUGCCCCAGAUUUAUCACAGAGCUCCCCAACUGGCCCCAAAGAAGAGGCAGAUCAAGCUGCUCAAGGAAGCAGACCUGCUUUCCAAGCUCUCGCCAGCCCAGCAGGCUCGGAAGGCAUUCCUGGAGGACGUGGAGGCCCACCUGACCCCACAUCCCUUAGCGCUCUACCCGAAUCUGGAAGAAGCUAUGCCCAUAGAGCUCUUAUCAAAGGUGCUGGAAGUGCUUGAUCCUGACCAGAAACUGGAGGACACAUGGGCUUAUUGUCAGGACACCAGGAAAGGAAUGAAGGAACCCACAAAGCUUUUAAAAAAACAUUCUACCCAAGUCUACCUGGGACCUUCCAAGAAGACAUCUGUGUCAAACACAGGCCAAUGGCUUUAUGAAGAAAAGCCACAUAAAAUGGAUUUGCUCCAUGAAAAUGGUCCUCGUCCUGGUCUUCAUGAAAAUGUAUGCAAAGCAGUUAGUGACUUCUGCAAGUGGGUUACUACUUUUGGAAUUUCGGACAUCGAUGAAGAGUUCAUCUUGAAACAGUUUGACAUUGACUAUGAGACCAAACCAAGCCAUGAUGCGCUCCACACGAUGAAGCUAAAUCAGGUUCCUCUGGAGCUAAAGCGUAGUGUGGGGCUCAGUAAACUGCAGGAGCCAGAGUUGUUCCAGAAACUAGGCUAUGAGAGGAAACUCCAGAAACCACAGAAUCCUUAUAAGCCAAAGUGGGUGAAGAUGAGGUAUGGAGCAUGGUAUUUGAACCCCAAGUUGUGGAAAAAGCAAAGAGUAGACGAGCCUCUGGUUGACCCUGAGGUCUCACAUAAGGCUCAAGAGGAGAAUUUUAAAAAGGAGCUGCAGGAACAGGAGGAGUUACUUGCAGACCUUCACGGAACAGUUGCCUUUAAGGAUUUCAUUCUAAGCAGGGGCUACAGGAUGCCACGUUUCCUUGAGAAUAUGUAUAUCGGGAAGGAAUGUAAACAUGCAUGUAAUAAGACUCCUAUAAAACGAACUCAAGCAUAGAAGAAUCGUAGGAGAAUUAUUAGGCAGAUUUUAUUACUAUGUACUUGGCUAUUUCUCUGUCUCCUUUUAAAGAUUAAACAGAAUUUAUGAUGAGUGUCCCACUGUGGAUGUUCAACUUUGACUUGGCAACAUCUGUAAAUGUAAUACCUGAUGGUUAUAAGCAUUUCUCAAUGGAUUUCUGCUUCAGUUAAUCAACAUUUUGUAUACUUUAUCACCCAUGAGAUCAAUAUUCACAUGUAAUCUUCUCAUAUUUUUGUGGCACGUGAAUAUUAUAUAGGUAUAUCAACUAUUGGUAAAAAUAAAUAAAGGCAUAAAUAAAAA